AUGAUGUUCUCGUCAGCUAUCAGUCUCCAACAGGCACAAAGACUCUUUAUCAUCGCCCCUGCCUUCAUCCUGUACGGGUACAACCAGGCUGGGCUCUCGGCUUUGCUCACCCUCCCGGAUGUGAUCCGUCUCUUCCCACAAAUCGACACAGUCAACAUCCACGGGGCCCAAGAGCGGCAGAACUCGACCUUGAAAGGAUUCAUCAAUGCCACUUUGAUGUUGAGAGCUCUUCUGGGAGCUUUAUCCUGCUCUGUCAUUGGCGACAGACUGGGUCGUCGUAUGACUAUCUUUGUUGGCAGCUGUUGUGCGGCACUGGGUCAGAUUCUUCAAUGUACGGCCUUCUCCCUGGCCCAGUCCACCGUUGGACGCAUCAUCCUGGGAUUAGGGGUGGGCCAGUUGAGUGUGAUUGUUCCUGUGUGGCAAGCCGAGUGCUCUUCUACGGGCAAACGCGGGCGUCAGGUCAUCACUUCUGGCAUCUUCAUUUGUUGGCGGAUCCCCCUUGUUAGUCCCAUUCUCUUCUCGGUGGUGAUCUGUCUUUCCACUUUUACCCUGCCAGAGUCACCCCGCUGGCUGGUACAACGCGGACGGAUCUCACCCGCUACUGAGGCUCUUGCCGCGCUCAACAACAUGCCUAGCGACCAUCAGCUAAUCCGCUGCGAAGCUGCUCGGAUUGAAGCCUCUCUCUCCAACUGUCCUGCCAUCUCCCUGCGCGACCUGGUGGGAGGCAACACGAUCUCGAUCUACACAACCACUAUCUUCCAAGACAACCUGCACCUGCAGGGAGACAUUCCGUUCAUUGUCGCUGCAAGUGCCCUGACCUGGAAGUUUCUGUGUUCUUUCCUAUCCUUCGCCGCCGUCGACCGGCUGGGCCGCCGCUGGAUUCUUCUUCCCGGCCUCCAACCAUUCUGCCUCCCCCUCACGGCGGCUGUCUUUAUCUUCCUGUUCAACCUGGCGUAUCCCAUUGGGUUCCUUGAGGGCAAUUUUCUAUACUGCACGGAGGUCGCGCCUGCGCCUCUUCGUGCGGUCAUGUCGUCCAUCUCGACGGCGAACCACUGGAUGUGGAACUUUAUCAUCACAAUGGUCACCCCAGUCGCUCUGUCGACCAUCGGUUGGCGGUAUUACAUUGUUUUUGCGGCAACGUGUGCGUGUGUGCCUCUGGUUGUACUCCUCUUCUUUCCAGAGACGAUGAAUCGGGACUUGGAGCUCAUUGACGGGGUCUUUCGUGAAGCGCCCACCAUUUGGGAUAUCGUUCCCAUGGCGCGGAAGUUGCCGCAGCAUUACAAUCUGUCUGCGCGGGUGAGAGGUGAUUGUGAGAAAGCCGGUUGA